UGAUGGGUGCUAUUGAGGGUUACCGUGUUGCUGGUGGGCCUCUCGGUGAGGUGGUUGACCCGAUUUACCCAGGUGGAAGCUUUGACCCAUUGGGCCUUGCUGAUGACCCGGAGGCUUUUGCUGAGCUUAAGGUGAAGGAGCUGAAGAAUGGGAGAUUGGCUAUGUUCACUAUGUUUGGGUUAUUUGUUCAGGCCAUUGUGAUCGAAAAGGGACUGUUGGAGAGCCUGGCCGACCACCUUGCCGACCCUGUGAACAACAAUGCUUGGGCUUAUGCCACCAACUUUGUCCCCAGAAAGUGAGCUCGGAAACAAUUUUGCGAAUUUUCCUCUUCGGAUUUGAUGUAAAUUA